GGCUCUGCCUGUGCCUGGAACUGACAGCAGGUACAGAGAAUGCUUUCAAACAGCCUUGAAUCAUGUUUUAUUUUUAGUUUACUUUUCUUUUUUAGUCUCAUUUUAUCUUUAGAAGGGAAAUGUCUCAUCUCUGGUAUGGGAAGAAGGGAAGAAAGCACCAACCAGUUAAUCGUAAAUGCACUCUGGUAGUGUCAGUGGCUGAGUAUCACCGCAGGAUCGAUGCUCUAAAUAGCGAAGAACUGCGCACACUCUGCAGACGUCUCCAGAUAACAACAAGAGAAGAUAUCAAUUCAAAACAGGCAACAAAUAUCAAAACAGACCUGGAGCCUGAAGCAUUCCGGCCAAAUCUUAGCGAUCCCAGCGAAUUACUACAGCCAGAACAAAUUGAAAAGCUCACGAAGUCUCUUCCACCACGGACUAUUGGCUAUCCAUGGACUCUUGUCUACAGUACUGCAAAGCAUGGCAUGAGUUUGAAGACUUUGUAUCGAACAAUGAUGGGAUUAGACACACCUGUGCUGUUGGUUAUCAAGGACAGUGAUGGACAGGUUUUUGGUGCAUUAGCAUCUGAACCAUUUAAAGUGAGUGAUGGCUUUUAUGGCACUGGGGAGACCUUUAUGUUCACUUUCUCUCCAGAUUUUGAGGUUUUCAAAUGGACAGGAGACAACAUGUUCUUCAUUAAAGGAGACAUGGACUCCCUUGCUUUUGGUGGAGGAGGAGGGGAGUUUGCUCUUUGGCUCGAUGGUGAUCUCUACCAUGGAAGAAGUCAUUCAUGUAAAACAUUUGGGAAUCACACACUUUCUAAGCGAGAAGACUUCAUUAUUCAAGACAUAGAAAUAUGGGCUUUUGAAUGAGUAUUUAACUAUUUCUACAGGGUAUUGUCCCAAACCUGACAUGAAUCAGUGCAGCUUAAAAAUUCCUAGGAGCAGUAUAAUUCAUUUUACUUCUCUGAUAUUUUUUU